GCCCGCUGAGGAAGUUGUGAAGGUGCUUCGCCAGCGAAACGUCCGCGCAGUCUAGAAUCCGUCACCACAUCGGAAGGUGCUAUAGCCGCUCGUCAGGAGUCGAGAACUUGGAACGAUCGUUAAUAAGCUCACCAUGAAGCUAACCGCUUUCUUCGAGGCUUUGUUUUUGCUUAUCUGCUGGUCGCAAGCUGUCAGCAGUCAUGUCUUCGGCUACUCUGAGCCCAACCAGCGUCGCUGGGCCCGUCACCAUGGUCACUGUGCGGGGAAGACCCAAUCGCCCAUUGCCAUCACCACCAGCCGGACAAUGUCCGUUCACAUGCCGGCGGUGGACAUGAUUGGCUAUCACAAUCUGCUGCCAUAUCCCCUGAAAAUGCUCAACAAUGGACACACGGUUUCCAUCAGCAUACCCAAGGUCAAUGUGACUGAGGUGGGUGAGGAUUUUUUGCCCUACAUCCGCGGGGCCAAGCUGCCCGGUGAAUUCGAGGUGGAGGGUCUGCACUUCCACUGGGGCGACAAGAACAACCGGGGCUCCGAGCACGUCAUCAACGACAUCCGCUACACCAUGGAGAUGCACAUUGUGCACCGCAACAAGAAGUACGCCACCAUCGGAGAGGCCCUAAAUCAUCCGGAUGGUGCCGCCGUCCUGGGAUUCUUCUUCAAUCUCGACGAGGAUGAGGGUCCUGGCCUGGUCACCAUUAACCGCCAUUUGCAUCUGAUUGCCGAUGCUAACCAGGAGGCCACGCUCAACGUCACCUUCUCGCUUUCGUCGCUGAUUGCUGGCGUGGAUGUGGACAAGUUUUACACUUACAAGGGUUCCCUGACCACGCCGCCCUGUUCCGAGGCCGUUACUUGGAUUCUGUUCCCCGAUCCCAUACCGAUUUCACCCAAGCAGAUCUCCCGUUUCCGCCAGCUGUCGGACACGCAGGACGGAGCUUUGGUGGACAAUUUCAGGACCCUGCAGCCCGUGGGCAAUCGCAGGAUCUUCGCCCGCACAGGACACGUGCGUCACACCUCGAUUGAGGCAUUGAAACACGAGGGCGAUUAUCUCAAGUACGACUGGUUCUACUGAUCCAAAGCGAUCGACUCGAACUGGCAGCCGGAUGUGGAGCACUGUGCCAUCCCAUAUUAGGAUACUUCUAAGCUAAGCAUUUAAUAAGUUACACUAACAUUUAGUCUAACCAUUAACAACAUAUCGAAAUCAGAAAAACAAAAUUUUUAAAUUUAAAUUAAAAUAAAAUAUUUUUAAAAUAU